UCCAGAGGUUUUAGUAAUGGACCCAUUUAGUUUGGAAGUGCUAUUCACACUAAGUUCUCGAGUGAAUCCUGAUUGGAUUAGUGCUUUGCACGUUCUACGGCCGGCCAAACGGAAAGGUCGGUUCUACGUGCAUACAAGUUAGUUACACUUCAUCACACCUACGCUUAUACCAUACAAUGCUAUCUUAUCUUCUACCAAUCUUUUAUCAAUUUAUAUUAUGCACAUAUUUAUUUAUUUUUACAAAAGAAAAUAGAAUAAUGAAAAAUGAAGCUGGUAUUCUAUAUUGGUUUCAUUUGUUUAUACUGCUAUGUUAAUAUUUAUUAUAUUAGUUAGACAUCUGAAAAUUGAAAAUUUAUCAAAUUGUGCAUAGUACUUUUUGGUAACUCAUAAGUAUAAUUUUGUAAUGUUUCUCCACUGGUUCAGUCUUUUUGAGUUCAUUUAUCUCUUAUAUUUUUAUCCUAUUAUAUUGUUUUAUAAUGUGGAAAGAUCAGUAUAACAAAUCUUCAUAUUAUGGUAAAAAAAGAGGUAUUAACCUAUUAUCUCUCUUUUAUGGUUUACUAUUGCAUUUCAAAUUAUGCAAUUAAUUCAGAAAAGCUUUGUGCUUUGGGUAUAAUAUAUAGAUUUGACUAUGAUAAAAUUCCUUUUAAUUUAGAAUUUUUUAAGAUGGCUAAAUGUAAGGGUAUUUCGCGACUUCUUUAAUUCGUACAUUAUAUAAUCUAGUAUUGGUAAUAUAUAUAAUAGAGUUGGAAUUUUAAUAUAAAUUACAUUGUUGCAGCAUGUAAAUGCGAGUGGAUACAAUCCAGUGCUAAAGCACUGAUGUUCAACGCUAUAUCACUUCUGUCAUCAAUUACUUUUCUUAAUAUUAUAUUUUUCACAAAUUAUCUUUCUCUUUGCGUUACACUUUGUGCCAUUGGUAGAAAAUGAGUCAAUAUCACUAAUCCUUGCACUAUACAUUAACACAUACUAUUCAUGCUUCUUCUCAUCGAACAUGACAUUCUACAUUUUAGUCUAUUGAUAGUAUACAUUACAUUUAUACUGACAUGCAUUGACUUAAUUUCUUAUACUAAUUUGGUAUACUGUACCUAUCGUAAGUAUAUACUAAUAAUAUUUAUUUUUUUAUAUAAAACUUAUCUGUAAAUAUAGUUAUUAAACUUAAGGGAUUGUUGUUUUUGCUGAGAUUAAAUAAGCAUGUCAAUAUCUUAUUUUUUCUUUUUCUUUCUUUCUUUCUUUCUUUUUUUUUCUUGUAAUAUACUAACAUUCUAAAUUAAAUAAGGAGCUCGUAUUAUUACGCACACAAAGUAAAUAGAUGGAUUAUUAAAAAAUGCCCCCUACAGAUAUGUUAAUUUUAUUUCAUUUGAUUUAUCAAUCAAGUCUUUAUUAUUUAGAUUUAUUUUUGUAUAUAUAUAUAUAUAAAACUGCAUGAUGGGUUUAGUUUUGGUACAGUCUAUCUCUGUUUCUAUGAUAUAAAUAAAACUUUACUAGUAGAAUGUAAAUUUUCUAUUUUAUUGUAUGCAUGGAAAUGCAUGGGAAAAGUUUUUGAUUAUAUAGCUAAUAAUGUUUAUUUUCAAAUUUUAUUAAGAAAAACUUCAGUAUAAAGUUAUGAUCAAUUGUAUAACUUAUUAAGAUUUUUAUUGCUUAAAAUGCUACAAUACCUCUUAAGAUUUAGUUAACGCGCAACACAGGCGCUUUAAUUCAUUUAAAGACGACGUUGUGUUGGCUCUGACAACGACGGGUACGGUCAAGGUGUGGACGCUUUUGGGACAUGAAAAUCGUAACAGCGAACCUCUUUACGAACAUGAGAGCAAACAAAUACGAUGUUUAAAUGCUCUUGCGAUGACUUGCUGCCCGUACAACCAACGUACGGUUCUUAUUGUAUGCUCUAAGUAUUGGCAGAUAUUCGAUGCCGGCGAUUUUUCGGUCCUAUGUUCCAUAACAGCGCCUCGGGGUGAACGUUGGAUGGCUGGUGAUUUUUUGGCUGCAGAUCGUGUUAUUCUCUGGAGUGAUGAGGGUCAUGGCUAUCUUUAUAAAUUACCAGCUAACAAGCUGAAGGGCAAGGCUCUCAGCAGUAGCGUUGCAGAUAACAAAAGUUUUCAUACAGCUGGGACAGAGCAUGAUCAACCUUAUCUUUAUUGUAUUCUGACUCAACCAGGAGAUAAGCCACUGUCUUGUCCACCUGCAAUGAGACUAGUUACAGUUCAAAGGCAGAGUAAAACACUAAAGUAUUUACUUCGCGGUGAUAGCGAAGGUGUCGUCGUACUUUGGAAAGUACCUGAAUUAACAGCACAACAAUUGGCACAAAUAUGUCAGAAUGAUGGUUCCUCAACACCUACGUUAUCGCCCACAGUUAAAACGAGUUUAACAGCUGCUUGGGAAGCAAUGAAACCACCUCCUGUUGGUAUCCUGGAUCAAUUGGAUUCCGGAGAUAAGAAUGGUAUUAAGUUGACUGCCAGUAUAUAUCUACCACAUCAAAGUCGUUUAGUUGUUGGCCGCGAGGAUGGUAGUAUUAUUAUCGUACCGGCCACACAAACAGUGAUGUUACAAUUGCUUCAUGGCAAUCAUCAGCAAUAUGAUGAUUGGCCACCGCAUCAGGUAUUAUUAGGUCAUUCAGGACGAGUAAAUUGUCUUUUGUAUCCGCAUGGAGCAGCACCACGUUACGAUCGUGCACAUCUUGUUUCUGGUUCCGUAGAUUUUGCCGUGUGUCUUUGGGACUUGUAUGCCGGUACAUUGAUUCAUCGAUUUUGCGUUCAUGCCGGUGAAAUUACACAAUUGAUGGUUCCUCCGGAUAAUUGUAGUCCUAGAAUACAGAAAUGUAUUUGCAGCGUGGCAUCCGAUCAUAGCGUGACUUUAUUAUCAUUGGCGGAGAGAAAAUGCGUUGUUCUGGCUUCUCGACAUCUUUUCCCCGUAGUUACUAUAAAGUGGAGACCGUUGGACGAUUUUAUGAUAGUUGGAUGUUCGGAUGGUGCCGUAUACGUGUGGCAAAUGGAAACUGGCCAUUUAGACAGAGUGUUACAUGGUAUAAUCGCCGAGGAAGUACUGUUCGCGUGCGACGAGAAUACUAUGACAGCGGCUGGUGGAACUGCCGCAGGUGGUGAACUUGGAUUAGCUAAUCCAGCUGUACAUUUCUUUAGAGGUUUAAGACAUCGGAAUCUAUCGGCAAUUAGGCAUGCAACGCAAAGAGGUUUGCAUCAAUUGCAGCAACUUCAUGGCGGCCAUGGUACAGAUCAUGGGAGCCAAAUAAAAGCCAAAGGAUCACCGUUGAUGAUUCAAGGUUUUAGAAGCAAUCCUAAGGAUCCUGAAAGUCACAUAUUAUUUUUUGAUAUCGAAGCAUUAAUAGUGCAAUUAUUGAGCGACGAGUAUGGCACUAUGUCACCAGGAUCGUUAGAAUCUCAAGGAUUAAUCUCGGCGUCCGAAUAUCAAAAGGUUGCUGCCCUCACUCAAUCUGCGAGUCCAGACGCUCAUAAAAAAAUUGCAGAUUUUUUCGGUCGUGUCAAGGAUAAGGCAGGUGACGUUGAACGAAUUUUAAAGGAGAAGGACCGUCACGGUAUAUUGGCUAAGAUGAAGGAAGGGGCGGAGAAUGUGCACACUAAAUUACAAGCUAAGGCAGAAAGUGUAGGCCUCAAGCCGUCCACUCUUGACGGCAAAGGUGACAAUUGGAACAGUAAUGAUAUCGCGAAAAACAAUCUCAAAAGAAACGGUGCAUUCAGUGAGCCAAACGCAACGAUGGAAGUUGCUCAGUUACUUCUAAGUCUUUUACAUGCAUGGGGAAUGGAUCCAGACUUGGAUCGAGUUUGUGAAGGAAAAUUGGGCUUGUUAAGACCUAUGGUACCAGUUUCAUUCGGGGUGCUGUCUAAAGGAGGCUAUAUGUCAUUAUUACUUCCGACUUGGCAAACUCAAUUGGAACCUGCCGGUGAACCUGCAACACAAUUGGAACAAAGAUUACCCGUUGAAUUAGUAAGGCAAGAGAGACUUACUAGGGCCUUUACAGCGAGAGCUCAUUGGGAAUUAUCAACAACUAUAACAAGUAAUCAUUUAUUGGCUGUAGUAGCGUUAGCCAAUACUUUAAUGUCCAUGAAUAAUGCAACCUUCGUACCUGAACAGGAACGAAAUCGAAAAAUGCACAGACCUGGUAACAGAGCAACUGUCAAUUGGAAUAAAGCAGAAGAGGAAAGCGAAGAAAUUUAUACUGUCCAGCAGGCACAAAUCAAACAGGGUUGGUCUCUUUUAGCUACUUUACAUUGUGUACUUUUACCAGAUAAGGUAACUGUACAAGGUGGAGCAAAAACAUUUAAGCGGCCGCAAGUAGAAAUGAUGGCACGCAGAUGGCAACAUCAGUGUUUAGAGAUACGAGAAGCGGCUCAAGCUUUGCUACUGGCUGAAUUAGGUAGAAUGGGUCCAAAAGGUAGAAAAGCUCUCGUCGACAGUUGGUCACAGUAUUUGCCAAUGUAUAGUACUCAGGAACCUAUUGCACCACAAAUUCAAAACCAAACUCCACCGACGUCGGGUAGCCCGGUUCCAAUGAACGAGACUCAAGGAGAUGACGAGGAUGAAGAAGAAGAGCUGGCCGAAGAAGUAAGCGUAGCUAGGAAGCCAUCGAGCGUAGCGGAAUUAAAACGUAAACAGACCACUGCGGUGGUAUUAUUGGGCGUAAUUGGUGCCGAAUUCGGGCAAGAUGUCACUACGACUAACCAAAGAAGAGAUAGCGAACAAAGGCGGAAAAGUUCGAUCGUGGAAGGUUUUGGUAUCGGAAAUAACAAUCUCGCUAGACACACCAGUAUGGCUUUGACGCAUCUGUUACACGCACCGCAUUCUCCUAAAUUACCAUUGCACACACCUCUACGAAGAGCUGCCAUCGACCUCAUUGGUAGAGGUUUUACCGUAUGGGAACCUUAUCUAGAUGUAUCCAAGGUACUUUUAGGGCUUCUUGAGAUGUGUUGCGAUGCAGAUAAGUUGGUACCAAGUAUGACGUACGGUCUUCCGCUCACUCCUCAAGCUGAUACAUGUCGCACGGCGCGUCACGCUUUAACCUUAAUAGCUACAGCUAGACCGGCAGCGUUCAUUACGACGAUGGCACGAGAAGUAGCCAGAUUUAACACGGUGCAGCAAAAUGCACAAACUUUGAACGUCAAUGUUGGGGCAAGCGUGUUGACUAGGGCAAAGCCCGAGAUACUCAGAAUAGUGGAACAGUUAAUUGACAAGAUGCAAAGCGAAAUGAGUGAUCUUUUGGUCGAAGUCAUGGAUAUAAUAUUACAUUGUUUAGAUCCUGGUCACUUGAAAGCAAAGCCAUUGUCCGAAGUAUUCCCUGCUGUUUGCAGAUUCAAUCAAGUCAGUCAUUGUACAGCGACGCGCAGGAUAGCAGUAGGCGGCCGGGGUGGACAGUUGGCGCUUUACGAACUUCGGGGUAACGUCAAAUGUCAGACGGUACCCGCUCAUCAAGGUCCUGUAACCGCAUUAGCAUUUUCACCGGAGGGCAAAUUUUUAGUUAGCUAUUCCUGUUCUGAAAAUAAGCUUUGCUUCUGGCAACAAACAAGCAGUGGUAUGUUCGGUCUGGGUAAUUCACAAAUUCGAUGCGUCAAAUCGUACAGUACUGCGCCCAUCAACGACGUAACGCGACUGAAUCCUAUGCGUUUAGCUCGACUCGUAUGGAUAAACAAUCGUACGGUCACAUUGAUGUUAGCCGAUGGUUCCGAGACUCGUUUCAACGUCUAAAACUAAAUUUAGAAGAUUUAUUCUCCAUUCAGUCGUUGUCGUCGACGUCGUCGUCGUCUUCAUCGUCGGACAAGCAUAAAAUAGUAACGUGGAGUUUGAUUAACGAUCUGUAGAAACAGAGAGAUUAAAAAGAGUGCCACCGCGGUCGUAAAUGCGCUUGUUGGUACUUAAUAGAUCUAACUAUUAUUCAGAUUUAACGAACGAUACGACAUAUGAGAGAAAUGAACGUUUAUCUCAUAGCAGCAGGAUGCGUUAUCGUGAUAGAUUUCUUGAAAAUGCGUAAGAUAUCGACGAUUUUGUUCCUUUACAACUUAUUCAAGGUAUUGUCUUUUUUCGUUGAUGUUUCGCUCGAUCUUAAUUUGGUGCUCUGUUCGAUGAAUCGUAUACGUGUAUGUACAAACGCCCAGAUUUUUGGGCUUUUUGAAGGAAUAGAGAAAACAACCCACCUUCGAAAACUAAAUACGCUUCAUAAAAGUAUAGUUUAUUAUAUCAAUAGUAGCGUAAUCGUACGUUUCUUUACAUCACACACGUAGUCUUUUAUGUAGAUAAAAACUCGAUCAUUUACAGUGUCAGAAUAACAGCGGACGUGUAGCAUACAGACGAUUGGAGCGUCCUUUAAUACCGAAGCGCCUAUAUACGUCGUAUAUUCUCAGAUCAGAAACAAAUGAAAACGGUAAUAUCGUUACCACACGCGUGUAUAUAAUGCAUACCAAAAACUACCGCCAAGGGUUUGUAUAUACACUAGUGCCGAGAGAUUUGUACGAAGUCGUAGAUCGAAGCCUUUAGCUUCUAAUAAGUCGCUUUUAGUUUAUUAUUUGAUUUUUGCGGCUCUUACACGGUUUAUUCGAUGCUGUACGAAAGAAAUAGGCUGUAUGUUAUUUUUCCGAACUGUUUGUUAAAUUCUUUACUGAAUUUUGACAGAUGUAAACUGUUCGAUCGUGCAUUCCUUGGUAUAAAAGUGGUCAGACAAGAGUAGGCCAAAAUCGUUGAAAAGUAUUUUAUAAGAAAACGCUUUCUUUAUGAUCACUUAUUACAUAUACACAAUUAAUUUGAUUUUACGGUACUAAGACUUUAGAAAGGAGAAGUAGUAUUCGUUUCUUGUUGUUGUUGUUGUUGUUGUAUGCAUGUUUAGAAAACUACGGCUAUCGUUUCUUUCUCGUUUUCUUUCAACUUGUAAACGUUUUUUCUUUUCCAUUCAUGAUAAAACACACCGCAUAUUUUGCGUAUAGAGUAUGGCAAAAAUUAUAUAUAUUUACAUAGCGUAAUUUAUUAUUGUUAUCGUCUCGUGCGAAUUGUUUGCACCCUUUGUGCGCCAAAACAAGUACAUCUAAGGACACGCACGUUCUACGAACGUAGAUCAUGUACGUAACUCUCCGAUAGUAAUAGAGUAACUAUUUCCGUCAAUAGCAACGAUAGCAACGUGCUCUCUUUUAUCUCAGACGGCCGUUAUUAUCGUUGUCUUUUUUACAAUCAAUAAUUGGUAUUGCACAAAGUAUGCUGGACUCUGAACGAUUCCUUCGACAAAUAGUACGUGCGUGUAAUUUAUUUAUAAUAAUAAUAAUAAGAAGAAGAAUAAAUAACAGUAACGUGGAUGAAGUUUGUCAAACGCUAAAGCAUUAUACUAUAAAUUGUAUUCUUGCUACAGCCGUUUUUUGCUGCGGAUAUGUCGUCGUGUCGGUAAAAGGAAAUUAUAAUUUUGAGAAGACGGUAUCGAACUUCGAUCGCGCAUCGGCGAUGAGAUUAAGGCUUCGUAUGUGCAAACAAAAGGAAGACAAAACAAAAAAGGAAAGAAACAUUCGUUUUCGCAGUUCGAACAAGUAUUUCUCCUUUGAUCGAUCAUUCGUCGAACGCAUUUGUAAUCGAUGCGAUAGGUAUGCAAGCAAUUAGAAAGGACGAAAGUAUUUUGGUUGAGAAAGGACCGAUCGCAAACUAAGAAAUAUCAUUCGAUCGUGAUCGAUCGACUAAUCGAGUCGUCUCCUUCUUCGAGGGAACCUUAAAGCUCUCAUCGACGAGGAUCCAACGCGAGUAGCGAGUAGUAUUCGUUUCACGCAGGCGUGUAGACGAUCGGUACUCGUGUUCGUAAUAGCGGAACAGAGAUUGUAUUUUCUGCAACGACGUCGAAGAAUAAAACAAUCGAUUCGUUUCGAGAGAGCCUUUAUAAUAAUAAUAAUAAUAAUAUAAUAAUAAUAAUAAUAAUAAUAAUCGCGCGCUAUUAGACGCGUGCGAUCGUUCCGACGGAACGACUGUGUAUAUAAGCAAGAAAAGAAAAAAAACAGAAACACCGAGAUCAACCUACGCCUAACUGUAUCUAUGUAAUUAUUUAUGUGUAUAUUAUACUUUAUCGUAUAUCAUCGUGCGCGUGAACGCAUUCGACUCGUUUCGCGAGAACGAUCGUCUUUUCGAUCCUCUUCGAUCUUCGACGUCUGUGUAGCGUAAAAGUGGGAGAAAAUUAACUGCAACAAUUGUUAAUCGUUAUGCAAUUAUUGAAUGUAUUUAAGUGUAUGUAAAUCCAAACAUAAUGCGUUGAAAUUGCGAUAAUAUAUGCGCUGUAAUAACGA